GGAGGCAUGGGCGGUUGAACAAGCUGCCCCCACUGAAGCCUCCUGACUCAUGGGAGCGUCAGACCCCGAUCCCCAGAGAGCCUGGAAAUGCUGCCGAACCACGCGCAAGAGAGGAGGGGAGCCAGAGAGUAGAGGAAAAAAAAGUCCAAGGAGAGGAGAGGGAAGAAAGCCACAACGGUAGGCUGUCCCAACUCAACUGCUGUGCCGUGAUGACGUCAGAGGGCAUGUGACCCAGGCUCUCCAGUGACGGCACAUGGAGGGCAGGAAAGAGACGAGUUUUAAAGCUGGUGCCUUUUGGGUUGUGUGAGGGCUCUGCUCGCCUCCCAAACAACCACAGAACCACAGACGUGCGGCUCGGGGUUGGUGUUUGAGGGCAACCUGGAGUGUAAAUGGUUAAUCGUCGCGGGCCAGCACCAGUCACAAGGACGGCGCUAAGCGAGACGUGUCAAGGGUCAAGGAAACCACAGAAGAACAAAAGUGGGGCUUGCUGCAACCAGAGGCAGCUAUGGCAUCUAACAGCCUUUUCAGCACAGUGACACCAUGUCAGCAAAACUUCUUCUGGGAUCCCAGCGCCAGUCGGAGGUUCAGUCCGCCGUCCAGUAGCCUCCAGCCGGUCCCAGGAAAGAUGAACGAUGUGAGCUCUCCAGCCGGGCAGCCGGACGCAGCGGCGGCGGUGCCAAGACUGCGCCCCCACGAAAACCGCAGUAUGGCCGAGAUCAUCGCGGACCACCCGGCCGAGCUAGUGAGGACCGACAGCCCCAACUUUCUCUGCUCGGUCCUGCCCUCCCACUGGCGGUGCAACAAGACUCUACCCGUCGCUUUUAAGGUGGUAGCCCUGGGAGAUAUACCUGAUGGGACCGUUGUCACCGUAAUGGCGGGCAACGAUGAGAACUACUCCGCUGAGCUGCGGAACGCCUCAGGUGUGAUGAAGAACCAAGUAGCACGUUUCAAUGACCUCCGUUUUGUGGGCCGCAGCGGCAGAGGCAAGAGCUUCACUCUGACAAUCACAGUAUUCACCAACCCGCCACAAGUGGCCACUUACCACCGAGCCAUAAAGGUCACCGUGGACGGACCUCGUGAGCCCAGGAGGCAUCGUCAGAAGCUCGAGGAUCCUCCCAAAACUGGUCUGUUCUCCGACCGCCUCAGCGAGCUAGAGAGGAUGAGGGUGAGGGUCGCAGUUCCGACACAAGCUCCCCGGCCAGCUCUCAACACGGCGGCCAACUCCUUCAACCCACAGGGACAGACGCAGAUAACAGACCCUCGUCAGUCCCAGUCCUCUCCUCCCUGGUCGUACGAACAGACGUAUCCGUCCUACCUGAGUCCCAUGGCGUCCCCCUCGGUCCACUCCACCACCCCCCUCUCCUCCAGCCGAGCCACAGGUCUGCCUGCCAUCAGUGACGUGCCUAGACGAUUGCCAGGUUCCUCUGACCUGAGCCCAUUCCCCGGUCAGUUCGAGCGCCAGUUCCCGAGCCUCUCCUCCCUCACAGAGAGCCGUUUCUCCAGCCCUCGGAUGCACUACCCGGCAACCUUCACCUACACCCCGCCCGUCACCUCAGCCAUGUCGCUGGGCAGCGCCCACUACCACACCUACCUUCCCCCUCCGUACCCGGGCUCCACCCAGAGUCAGAGCGGACCCUUCCAGACCAGCAGCACGCCCUAUCUGUACUACGGGACGUCCUCCAACACGUACCAGUUCUCCAUGGUUCCCGGCGGGGACCGCUCGCCGUCCCGGAUGAUCCCGCCUUGCACUAGCGCCUCCACGGGCACAUCCCUGGUGAACCCUAACCUGCCCAGCCAGACAGAGGGAGGGGUGGACGGCGACGGAAGCCACAGUAACUCCCCAACUGUACUCAACCCCGGAGGCCGCAUGGAUGAAGCAGUCUGGAGGCCAUAUUGAAGAAGGCAGAGAGAUAAGAAGUCAACUGAUGUCAUGGUUUGAAAGCACAAAACCUUUUCUUUCUUUCUUUUUUUAAAUAAAAAGGGGAUUUUUGAGCUUACAUCAGCUGUCUCUACCUUUGGAAAUUAAGGUUGAGAUUAAAAAAAGAGGGAGAGAGCAAGAGAGACCAAACGUGUGUGGACUUGUCCUCCUGGAAUGUGUUUAGACCGUGGCGCUACAAAGGGAGUCAGUUUCAAAGCAAUAAUGAAAAAGACAGUUUUGGUUUACUAGGCCCAAGUGGAUGAGACAUUAUUUCAGUUUUAUUCUAUUCCACAAAGCUAAAGGGAUGCUUCGACGAUAUUUGUUAAAGACUGCCUCUUUUGUACAGUGUUUGUAUUUCUUUAAGGCUUUUUUUGCAGAGCAUGUUUUUUUGUGUUGUUUUUUUUUGUACUACGACAAUAUCAAGAUGCAAGUUAAGCACUGAGUAGCAAGUAAUAAGAGUAACGCAUAUGUUACUUUAAGUGGUGUGGACAGUAAAUUUUGCUUUAAACCGAUUAAUUUAACUUGUAUAUUGUGGGUGAAACGAUGUAGAUUGAGGCGUUUUCUUCGUUUUAACUUAUAAAGCCAUAAAUUAUGUAUUGUAUUUGAAACUUGAGUCAAAGAAAGGUAAUCUGAAUAUUUUUGAUGCAUCUAUAUGACUAAGUUAAAAUGAUUUUUUUUUUUUUUGAUAGGUAAUUUAAGAAAGUACGUUUUGUUUUUGUUUUUCUGGUAGCACCCAAAGAUUUAAAAUCGUGUUGAAUAUGAAAUGUAAUUUCCAAAGAGUAUUGCAACAUUUUUUUUUUUCUGGUGUAACUUUCAGUUUAACUGCUCUACACAUCCAGAGCCCCACAUCCUCGCGAGGCGUUGACACACAUUUGGCUCGGAAUUAAACCUUUGGUAUUUAUUGAGCAAUAACUCGUAUUGUGCCUCUUGGCAACAUACCAUUAAAGAGAGUUUCAAUGGGGGAAAAUAAUUAUCCGUUUGGGGAAAUUCUGCUUGAUUUCUUUGCUCUGUCUAGUCUGACAUGCACACAGAUACUUAUGCAUUUUCUCUUCCAAAUAAGAAAUGGUGCAUUUAGACACGAAUUGACGUCCAGCCCAAAGAUGAUUGCAGUGGGUACUGUGCCUAAUGGCCCACUUUAAAAGAGGCAGGUCAGACUUUAAGGAUCACUUAUUUUGUGAUACAUGAACUCCUCAGGACUGGAAGAAUCCUUGGUUGAUCCCACAGAUUUGCUAUAUCUGCAUUUCUUUUUUUUCAUACCCAGCCUGGCUGAAAGCACGGUCAAGAUUAUAGCUCUGACAUGCCAAGUCUAUUAUAGCUUUCAUAUCCUAUGUAAAAGAUAGCUUUGAAAAAGUCUUAGUGUGUGACACACACACACACAUGGGUUUGUAU